CCGGGGGAGGACGAAGUGCUGAGUACAGGGCCGGGAUAUCGGUGGCAGCAGCUGGAAGGGGGGGGGGGGGGCGGGGAGAGAGUACAGAGGUGCCAGGGGACCGAGGGACAGCGAGACAUCUGGCCUGACCACGCGGCUUCAAAUUUCCACGGGCUCAAGGUUGUGCAACCGCGAGCCGAGCGAGAGCCGCGGGCGCCUCGGAAAACAAGGCGAGCCCAUAAACAAAGCCACGUGGCCUCGGGGCCCGGUGGGGGGGCCGGGCUAAGAGCAGGCGGCUCUUCCGGCAACAAAGAGCCGGGGCAGAGGCCCGGGAUAAAUACUGCGCCCCGGCAGCCGCGCAGCAUUCCCGGAGUCCGACGCGGUACGAGACCCUUCCCAGCGCCUGCGCCCUCCGGGAGUCCAGGGACCCCCGCGCCCACCCCAGACCUGCAGUCCUCCACACCAGUUCCCCACACUUGUCCCAGUCGCCGCCUGAGUUCCCCCAGCAUCUUUCCAGCGCGGCGCAUCCCCGGAGCCAGCCAGGCCGGUCCCCGGCUAUCAAUCCAUCCUGCCCGUCGGUCGCGUCCGCACUCGGUGCCAUGCCGUUCCUUGGGCAGGACUGGCGGUCCCCGGGCCAGAGCUGGGUGAAGACAGCCGACGGCUGGAAGCGCUUCCUGGAUGAGAAAAGCGGCAGCUUCGUGAGCGACCUCAGCAGUUACUGCAGCAAUGUGUACAAUAAGGAGAAUCUUUUCAACAGCCUGAACUAUGAUGUUGCAGCCAAGAAGAGAAAGAAGGACAUUCUGAACAGCAAAACCAAAACUCAGUAUUUUCAUCAAGAAAAAUGGAUCUAUGUUCACAAAGGAAGUACUAAAGAGCGCCAUGGUUACUGCACUCUGGGGGAGGCUUUCAACAGACUGGACUUCUCAACGGCCAUCCUGGAUUCCAGAAGAUUCAACUACGUAGUAAGGCUGUUGGAACUGAUAGCGAAGUCACAACUCACAUCCCUGAGUGGCAUCGCCCAGAAGAACUUCAUGAACAUCUUGGAAAAAGUCGUGCUGAAAGUCCUUGAGGACCAGCAAAACAUAAGACUCAUAAGGGAACUUCUCCAGACCCUCUACACGUCCUUAUGCACACUGGUCCAGAGAGUUGGCAAGUCUGUGCUGGUGGGCAACAUUAACAUGUGGGUGUAUCGGAUGGAGACCAUUCUACACUGGCAGCAGCAACUGAGCAACAUCCAGAUCACCAGGCCUGCCUUCAAAGGCCUCACCUUCACGGACCUGCCUGUGUGUUUGCAACUGAACAUCAUGCAGAGGCUGAGUGAUGGGCGGGACCUGGUCAGCCUGGGCCAGGCAGCCCCAGACCUUCUUGUGCUCAGUGAGGACCGGCUGCUGUGGAAGAGACUCUGCCAGUACCACUUCUCAGAACGACAGAUCCGCAAGCGAUUAAUCUUGUCGGACAAAGGACAGCUGGAUUGGAAGAAGAUGUAUUUUAAGCUGAUCCGAUGUUACCCAAGGAGAGAGCAGUAUGGGGACACCCUGCAGCUCUGCAGACACUGCCACAUCCUCUCCUGGAAGGGCACUGACCACCCGUGCACGGCCAACAACCCAGAGAGCUGCUCGGUCUCACUCUCACCCCAGGACUUCAUCAACUUGUUCAAGUUCUGACCCCCCCCCCCCCACUUGACGGCACUUCACAAGUCCCCCCCCCUACUCCCCGCUGAUCGGAUGGCUGGGAAUUCGGAGACUUCCUUUGUAAAUAGUGUACAUUGUAAGCACUGGCUUGAAACUUGUGAGCGAAGUCACUGAGAAGACGUUGGAGGGAAGGGACGAAGCUGCCGAUGGGAAUUUACAAAUGUGAACUGCACACUAGAACUGGUACGGAAAUGCGGAAAUACUGUAAAUAGACUUUUUCUUUUCCCCUAAAAAUUUGCCAGCGAGACUAUAAGGGCGAGAACUCUAUGUCUGCCGUGAAAACGGAGUUCUCCUGAUGUUCAUGGAAACUUCCUAGUUCCCUAGGAAGGAAAAAACGCAAAACUCAAAUACCAGACAGAACACUCUGUUUACAAUGUGAUAGUGUUGUUAAGACAAAAUGAGGAAGAAGGAGAAUGAAUGCUACAACGGAGGAAUCCUUGGGCUUUGGGUUUGGAUUUGGGAUUUGUUGAACAGGCAAAGAAGUCCACCCAUCGGACACCUAUGCAGGCAUAAGGCCUUAUCCUACGAAGAUGCCACACAAUGGUCUACCUCUAAAAGCGUAGUGUGCUCUCUGGCAGCGUGCAUUAUCUAGCGGGCAGUGUCUGUGUUUCAUGUAAGUUCUUUCAUCUGUAAAGAAAUCUAAGAUGGGAAGGCUAUUAGAAACAACCCUCUUCUCGGUUCCCUUCCCCUCUUUGCUCCCAGUCUACACCUUUUUUCCUUCCGUGUUGUAGCUCAUAUAUGGAACCAGAAGGCCAGCUUGAGAACAGCUCCAGCAGAAGUCAUGAAGAACUAGAAUUGGGCACCUGUAGAUGGUGGCUUGGCGCUUCUGAUUUAACUCUCCUCUCCUCUAGCUUAACUUCUGGGCUUGUCUGGUCUCCCAUGGGUAUCUUCAUGGAUUAUUGAAUGUCUGUGAACUUAGCGGGGCCUAAGAACUGAGGCUUGAGAGAGACAUUUUUGACACCAGCCAGUUAGGCAUUCUGAUAGCUGCUGCUUCCCCUUGGGGUGUUGAGCUGAGGCUCUUUCUAUUCUUUAGGUUUUAGCAUCAAACUUGAGUCAUCCUGAAUGGGGACUUUUCACAUGCGUGAUUUAAAAGGAAACCUGGAGUUCCAGCUAGAUAGGGAGCCCAGUUCAUCUUAAGCUUGUUCCAGGACUGAGUUAUAACAAAGAGAGGUAAAAGACAAAGGAUCCCAGGGGGUCUUGCAAAGCAGAGAUAUGAACACUGUGGAAGAAAGCAAAUCUCAGGACUUCAGGAGUUAAUUCCUGGGGUGGGGGAAAUGUUAUUUUUUACUUUUUAUAGAUUGUUGCUUUUCUACAAUGUACAUAUAUUUGCAGUUGUAUUUGCUUUUUUUUUAAAAAAAAAAAAAAUCUCCAAAUAAAACUUCCACUAUGCACGUCCUUGGUAAAUCAUCAGAAGUAGGAAUGUGUCCACGUAGAUGUUAAGUGAGGGAUUGUGUAACCUAAAGCUUUGAUGCUUGGGGUGGUCCUCGAAGGAAAGGAAAGGUGACCGAGCAUACAAGGGACAGUCAACACCUCUGCCUUCGGUAAUAGUGUACCCUCAGGUCGGUGCCGCGUGCGCAGACAGAGUCUGCAGGGUUCCCUGGUUUGCAGUAUCUGUACUUACACCAAAAGCUCUCCAUAUUUCCUUCGUCCUUGAGGGGAAAAUUAAGUUGAAUUCAGAGGCCCGUAAUGAGGAAAGGGAACUGUAAAAGAAUAAGAUUUGAUGCAUAACGCUGAACUUUAGAGACUACAAACCUGUAACAGCUAAGGGUUUUUCUAUUUGGUUUUGUGGGUUUUUCAGUUUUUUUUUUGCUUUUUCUUUUAACUCUUCUCCCCAGAAUUAUUUUUAC